AUGGAGGUUCGCUCCGAGUCUGAGCAGCCUCAGCCCCGCCUCUUCAUUUCCGCCAGGCAGAGACAGUCAGGCAGCUUCCGGGUUAAGUCGCACGGGCGUCGAGAGCCCGUUCGGCGUCGUCAUCUUAGGGCAUUGGAACUUACCGAGAACUGUCACUUACGACUGGUGGCGCCAUAUUUGACAGCACAGCAAUACACAUCUGUGCUGAACUACUUCUUCAACACCGCUGUGUCAGUAUCAUUUAAGGAUGUGGCUGUGGAGCUCACCCAGGAGGACUGGCAGCACAUGAGUCCUACUCAGAAGACCCUGUUCAGAGAUGUGAUGCUGGAAAACUACAACCACCUUCUCUCAGUGGGGUAUUGCAUUACCAAACCAGAGAUGAUCUUCAAGUUGGAACAAGGAAGAGAGCCCUGGUCCUUAGACGAAGCAUUCCCAAACCAUAGCUACCUGGUGCAUCAGGAAACUCACCUAGAAGAGAAGCUCUACAAAUGUGGUAAAUUUGAUAAGUUUUUAUGUCAGUAUUCAGUCCUCAGUAUACAUCAGCAAAAUGACACAAGAAAGAAGUCCUGUGAAUGUAAUGAAUGUAGGAAAUCCUUUUGUCAGAAAACCCACCUUGUACAGCAUCAGAGGACCCACUCAGGGAUGAACCCCUAUGACGGUAAGGAAUGUCAGGAAUUCUGUUGUUGGAAGUCACACUUAAUUCAGCACAGUGGAACUCAUAUGGGAGUCAAAUUCCAUGAAUGUAAUAAAUGUGGAAAAGCUUUGUCCAAGAAGUCAAACAUCACACAUCAGAAAAUUCACACAGGGGAGAAACCCUACGAAUGUAACAAAUGUGGGAAAACCUUCUCACAGAAGGCACACCUCAGUAUGCACCAGAGAAUUCACACAAGGGAGAAAUCCUACAAAUGUAAGGAAUGUGGGAGGUCUUUUUCCCAAAAGAUACACCUCAGUGCACAUCAGAGAAUUCACACAGGAGUGAAACCCUACAAAUGUAAUGAGUGUGGGAGAUCUUUCUCCCAGAAGAUACACCUCAGUGCACAUCAGAGAAUUCACACAAGGGAGAAACUCUUUGAAUGUAAUGAAUGUGGGAGAUCUUUCUCCCAGAAGACACACCUCAGUACACAUCAGAGAAUUCAUACAGGGGAGAAACCCUACAAAUGUAAUGAAUGUGGGAGACCUUUCUCUCAGAAGAAACACCUCAGUACACAUCAGAGAAUCCACACAGGGGAAAAACCCUAUGAAUGUAAGGAAUGUGGAAAAACUUUCUCCCAAAAGACGCACCUCAUUGUACAUCAGAGGGUUCAUACUGGGGAAAAACCCUAUGAAUGUAAAGGAUGUGGGAAAACAUUUGCUGAUAACUCAAGCCUCAGAGUACAUCAGAGAAUUCACAAAGGUGAGAGACCUUACGAAUGUAAUGAAUGUGGGAAAACUUUCUACAUGAAGGGGAAUCUCAUUACACAUCUAAGAGUUCAUACAGGGGAAAAACCCUAUAAAUGUGAUAAAUGUGAGAAAUCUUUCUCCCGUAAAGACCACUUCAGGGCACAUCAGAGAAUUCACACAGGGGAGAAGCCCUAUAAAUGUAAUGAGUGUGGGAAAACCUUCACCCUUAAAAUACAGCUCAGUGCACAUCAAAGAAUUCACACAGGAGAGAAACCCUAUGAGUGUAAUGAAUGUGGGAGAUCUUUCUCCCAUAAGGCAAACCUUUGCACACAUCAGCGAAUUCACACAGGUGAGAAACCCUAUGAAUGUAAUGAAUGUGGAAAAGCUUUUGCUCGAAAUGAUACUCUCAUAGCACACCAGAGAAUUCACACUGGAGAGAAACCCUUUGAGUGUAAUGAAUGUGGGAGAGGUUUCUCUGUAAAGUCAUACCUCAUUUCACAUCAGAGAAUUCACACAGGAGAGAAGCCUUAUGAAUGUAAUGUAUGUGGAAAAGCUUUUGUCCAAAAUUCAAAUCUCAGAGUACACCAAAGAAUUCACAGAGGAGAGAAAUCCUAUGAAUGUGGGAAAACCACGUGUCAGGAGCCAGGACUCAAUGUAUAUCAGAAAAGUCACACAUGGGAAAAACCCUCCAAAUGUAAUGGAUGUGGGAAAACUUUUGCUGAUAAUUCUACCCUCAGAAAUCAUUCACAAAUUCACAUGAGAUAA